AUUAAAGCUUUUUAGCAAAAAAAAAAAAUUUAGUUUAUAUUACUUUUUUUUUUUCCCCAGAUAGCCUUUAAGAAUGCCUCUUACAAAAGAAGAAUGUAUUGAAAUCAUUCUCAUGGCUGGAUCAAGAAGUUGUCUCAAGGUUGCAAAGGACUUUAACAGGAAACAUGGCAAGCACAUCACACACGACACUGUUGCCCAACCAAGAAAUGGACGUCCACCAACAUCCACUGACGAAGGCACAACCAACAUGAUUUAUUCCCCCUUUGCAGUUUUUGGAGUGUGGCUGUGGAGAUUUGUGUUCAUUCAGCUACAAGAGCAUUAGUGAGAUCAGGCGCUGAUGUUGGUGAGGAGGUCUGGGGUUCAGUCGGUGUUCCAGUUCAUCCAAAAGGUGUUCAGUGGGGUUGAGGUCAGGGCUCUGUGCAGGACACUUGAGUUCUUUCACUCCAACCUUCACACACCAUGUCUUCAUGGAGCUCGCUUUGUGCACAGGGACAUUGUCAUGCUGGAACAGAUAUAAUUAUAGCCAGGGAUGUGGCAGAGGAGUACAAAACCAGGGAGAGAAAGAUACCCUGGUCCACUAUUCUCUGAAAUACACUCAGACCCAAACAGUCAGCAUGUUUUCAAGCACCAGCUGGAUUCGUUCCCUGUUCAGCCGCUUCCCCUUCAUCACAGGAGGUGACGUCGUAGACACAGUACCAGCAGCAGAUCGAAAUCGUCGCAUGUUUGGCCGCUUCCCCUAUGUCACACAUGAUGAUGACUUUGUAGGCCCACCACUGACAGCAUAUCAUGGGACAAACUAUGGUCAGUUAUCAGUGCGCUCCAUAGACCUCCUCAAGUCGAAAACAGGCCAAAACCGCCUGGAGCAUCACACGGACCGUUACCAAAGCGAUAACCUCAUCAUCCGUCGAGGGCAGAGCUUUCAGAUGUGGAUAGAACUCACACGCUCUUUUAACCCCAAAUCUGACAAACUACACCUCGAGCUCAGGCUAGGCCUUAUUCCAAUGUUAUCAAAAGGCACCCUUGUGAUUGUUCCUCUAGUUGACAAGUUAGAGAACAAGAGCUGGGAGGCCAAGAUUAUUGAACAGACAGACACCAGGAUAAAACUGUCCGUCAACACCCCGUCAAAUGCUCUCAUUGGUCGCUAUGAGCUCAGUGUGAUAACAUGGACCCCAAAAGGAAGCAAUACGUAUAGUCGCAAGCCUGAAAAUGAUAUCUACCUGCUGUUUAACCCCUGGUGUAAAGAUGACUCAGUGUUUAUGGAUAAAGAGGACGAGAGGAACGAGUAUGUUCUGAAUGAUGUGGGAACGCUCUACUAUGGAAGCGACAGUCAGAUUGGAGCCAGAACCUGGAUCUUUGGACAGUUUGCUGAUGGGGUUCUUGCUGCAUGUCUGUACAUACUGGAGAAGACUCCAGCACGUGCUUCAGGUUGGGGAGAUCCCGUUAAUAUUGUCAGACUUGUGUCAGCCAUGGUCAACUCUCCAGAUGAUCAAGGUGUGCUGGAAGGGAAUUGGUCGAAUAACUAUGAGAACGGGACGUCCCCAACGUUGUGGAAUGGCAGUGUGGAAAUUCUGAGGCAGUACCACAAAAGUGGAGGAAAGCCUGUUAAAUAUGGCCAGUGCUGGGUCUUUGCAGGGGUCACCACCACAGUUCUCAGGUGUUUAGGCAUUCCCACCCGCUGUAUCACAAACUUCAGCUCUGCCCACGACACGGAUGUUUCCUUGACAACCGAUGUGUAUUUUGACGAGAAAAUGAAGCCAAUUGAGAGUCUCAACAAUGACUCAAUUUGGAAUUUUCACGUGUGGAAUGAAUCCUGGAUGGCCCGGCCUGAUCUACAAGUAGGCAUGGGGGGUUGGCAGGUGGUGGAUGCCACGCCUCAAGAGACAAGUCAGGGCACAUUCUGCUGUGGCCCUACCCCUGUGGCAGCCAUCCGUGAUGGACUGGUCUACCUCAAAUAUGAUGCCCCCUUUGUCUUCGCCGAGGUGAACAGUGACAGGAUCUUCUGGCAGAGACAAGCUAACGGCACCUUCACACAGAUCUACAAUGAGAAGAAUGUGGUAGGCCACUACAUCAGCACCAAGGCAGUCGGGGCUGACUACAGAGUGGACAUCACACACCUGUACAAACACCCAGAAGGGUCUGAAGCUGAGCGAAUUGCUGUGGAAACUGCUUCCCGCUACGGCUCCAAGCCUAAUGUCUACCCCUCUGCUGUGGCCAACGAUGUCAAAUUUCAGGUCUCUGUGGAAGGGGAGGGGCCGUGGGUGGGUGAAGAUGCUCGACUGUCCUUCACCGUGAAUAAUGGCAGCUCUGAGAAGCGCAGUACCAAGCUCUACUGCCAGGUGGCGAUCAUGUACUAUACUGGAGUGCUAAAAGGCACAGUGAAGAGGGAUGAAAUAGUGGUGACGCUCAAACCCAGAGAAGUCCAGACACUAGCGUGGACCGUUCCGUAUGACAUGUAUAAGGACCAGCUGGUAGACCAGGCGGCGCUGAUGCUCACCGUGCUUGGCCGAGUCAAUGAGACCCAGCAGGUUCUGGCGACCCGGUUCAACUUCCGCCUGCGCACGCCUGACAUCAUCCUCACCCCUGUAGGAGAUGCUGUGGUGGGGAAGGAGAUGGUGGCUAAAAUCACAUUUAAGAAUCCACUGCCGCACAUCCUGAAGAACGUCACGUUCCGCAUCGAGGGCUUGGGCUUGCUGAACGCAGAAGACAUCCUCUACGGUGACAUUGACAGUCUGGCGACCAGCACGUUGACAGUGAAGUUUACACCCACCUUAUCGGGUCUGCGGAAGCUUCUCGCCUCUCUGGACUGCCAGCAGCUCACACAGGUUCACGGUGUUACUGACAUCCUCGUCAAGCAGAAAUGAAAACACACAGGAGAGAAUCAACCUGAAUGCACAAUACACUCUGUUAUCUGGUGCUAUGCCUAAAAUAUGGGAAUGACAUUGUGCUGCUGAUUACUAAAGAUUUGAAACAAUUUGUCCGACAAGCAUUUACAAUAGUUUAUGACCCCACCUCGACCUUGACACAUCAUCCUGUGCACAUUUGAGUGUUUUCUCCGCGCUGCAUCAGUAAGAUAACCAGCUGAUGAGCCGAAUCGGGUGUAUUAGACAAACAAAAAGUGCCCAGAGUGCCAAAAGACCACCGAUUUGAUGUCUUGAUUUCCAUAUAUGCAAAUUAUUCACAUGGAACCAUCACAUACAUAUCAUUUACAAGAACUUAAUCAAUCUAUUAAUUUUUUUUAUUCUGAUGACACUUAUUAGUCACCAUACAACUCACAGAAAUCCAGUCUGAAGCAAAUCACAACAUUAAUGCCUAAUAUUCAUGUAAUAUUCACAUUUUGUUUAUUAGACUAUCCUGAUUAAAAUGUAUUAUGCUUUUAUACA